UAGCCAACACCUAGUGUAAGAGUGGCUGUGUUUUAAAAUACUGCUUGCGCACUGGAUUUUCUAGACACAGUUUCGCAGCUACAGCAGCACAUGCCGUACUAGCUGUGAUUUUUUUUUCUUUUAUUUGGAAGAUAAUUCAGCAAAAAAAGGAUAAUAAGUGUAGUUUGAUCAAGUUGGAAACAAAAAUCCUUUUCGUAGAGCUUCUGUAACACAUUCGCAUCAAUAUGGCGCGUGUGUUGCAAAUUGUUGGCGUUACUGUUCUUUGUAUCGCGAUUGCAACCGCAUCGGUACGUGUUAAACGUCAAGAUGAUGAUGAAAAUUCAGAUGCUCCAAAUGUCGACGAACUGUGCCAGGAUCGGCCAGGAGAUGAGUAUUUCAGAUUGAGCACUGAGGGCGAUUGCCGUGAUGUAGUCAGGUGCGAUAACGCAGGUGAAAAUGGAGUAGUUCGAUUGGCAUCUGUCCGUUGUCCACUUGGUUUGUCAUUCGAUAUAUUGCGUCAAACAUGCGAUUGGAAGGCAAACGUAAAGAACUGUGAUACAGUGGAAAAGCCACGCAAAGCACUGCCAAUUCUGAAGACCGAUGAACCCAUCUGUCCAGAAGGCAAACUUUCCUGUGGAGAUGGUGAAUGUCUGGAGAAGGAAGUGUUCUGUAACGGAAAACCCGACUGCAAGGACGAAUCCGAUGAAAAUGCUUGCUCUGUCGAUGAUGAUCCAAACCGCGCUCCUGAAUGCGACCCUACUCAGUGCGUACUUCCUGAUUGCUUCUGCUCAGCUGACGGUACCCGAAUUCCCGGAGCUAUUGAACCACAACAAGUACCACAGAUGAUCACCAUCACCUUCAACGGAGCCGUUAACGUAGACAACAUUGAUCUGUACGAAGAAAUCUUCAACGGACAACGACAGAACCCCAACGGUUGUUCCAUCAAGGGAACCUUCUUUGUAUCCCACAAGUACACCAACUACUCAGCUGUUCAGGACUUGCAUCGUCGUGGUCAUGAAAUUUCCAUCUUCUCACUUACCCACAAGGACGAUCCAAACUACUGGAGUCAGGGUACCUAUGACGACUGGCUUGCUGAAAUGGCUGGAGCUCGUUUGAUUAUUGAACGUUUCGCUAACAUUACCGAUGGUUCCAUCAUUGGCAUGCGUGCUCCAUACUUGCGUGUCGGUGGCAACAAACAAUUCGAAAUGAUGGCUGACCAAUUCUUCGUCUAUGAUGCUUCCAUCACUGCCUCAUUGGGUCGUGUGCCAAUCUGGCCAUACACCCUCUACUUCCGUAUGCCACACAAGUGUAACGGCAACGCCCACAACUGCCCGUCCCGUAGCCACCCUGUUUGGGAAAUGGUCAUGAAUGAAUUGGAUCGUCGUGAUGACCCAACCUUCGACGAAUCGCUUCCUGGUUGUCACAUGGUAGACUCUUGCUCGAAUAUCCAAAGUGGUGAACAAUUCGGACGUCUUCUGCGUCACAACUUCAACCGUCACUACAAUAGCAACCGUGCUCCAUUGGGAUUGCACUUCCACGCCUCAUGGUUGAAAUCAAAGAAGGAAUACCGCGAAGAAUUGAUCAAAUUCAUUGAAGAAAUGUUGGGACGCAACGAUGUCUUCUUUGUUACCAUGCUCCAAGUCAUCCAAUGGAUGCAAAACCCAACUGAAUUGAACUCAUUGCGUGACUUCCAAGAAUGGAAAGAAAAGUGCGACGUCAAAGGACAACCCUACUGCUCGUUGCCAAAUGCCUGCCCUCUGACCACCAGGGAAUUACCAGGUGAGACCCUGCGUCUCUUCACGUGUAUGGAAUGCCCCAACAACUACCCAUGGAUCUUGGAUCCAACUGGUGAUGGAUUCUCAGUCAAAUAAGGAGCGAAACCUUCAGAAUAAUAACGAAGGUAUCGAGAGGUACCCUCGUGUUCCACCGAGAGUCUGACUAAUUAACAUUCAAAAGAUAUUUAUAUCUUUUUCUCUUAUGUAAGACAACACUGAUCCCGUACAAUUAUCCACUUUUCGUAUCCACAUCCUAUUGUGUAUCUUCCAACCCAACCUUCGGGUCAUCGGUACCUGUUAAUUCCGAUCCUUUUUUCCUAACUACUCCACGACUUCCUCACAGCUUUCCUCUUCUCGCCAACUGUUCUAAACCCUACUUCUGGUGGGUCCUCCCAUUCCCCAAUAUCAGAAUAGUAUCUAUGAAUGCCAACUAAAGUGUGAGGAGACGAUCCGACUAUUGUAAAGUGCGAGGGGAUGAUUUUUAAGUUCUACUAUAAAUCGUUAAGUGAUAUCUAUGAUAUGAUUAAGAAAGAUUUAUGUAAAGAUAAAGAAAAAAACUGAAAAGUGUUAAUGUUAUUAUUUUUUUUAAAAAAGAAAACAAAGAAAAUAAAAAGUUACGUAAAAAAAUUAA